CUCCUGCGCCUGUUUUUAGCAUGAAGAACUGGUUGGUUAGGCAGUUGGCGUCGGCCUUGUCAGAUUAUGUUGAAGGCAUCUCACCCGAGACAGUGCAGACAAGUCUCGGCCGGGACAUUGGCCACCUAAACCUGAAAGGAGCUCGAGUCAAUCCCCAGGCUGUAGAAGUCUAUGGCCUGGAGGUGCUUCACAGUGAACUCAGCGUGGAAGCAGAGGUGCCCUGGCGGCACCUUUUCUCACAACCGACGAAGCUAACUGUGAAGACCCUUGAGCUGGAGCUGCGUUUGCGACCACAGAAGAAAGCUCGAGGCAACACCACAGCCGAAGCCAAAGAAGCUCAGGUGAAAAAGCUGGAGGAUGAAAUGGUGGCUGUAGCGCAGCAAGCUGAAGCAGAAGAAGGCGGUGGCUUCUUUUCCGCCCGUGUGGCGCGUUUGUCACACGCCAUUCUGCGACAGCUGCGAGUGACUGUGGGACACUUGAAGGCCAAAGUCCAUCAUGUGCUCCCAGGGAAGGCGCCCCUGACCUUGGCGUUGGGCGAGUCCUGCCUGGAAAGUGUUGGCCAAGAUUGGAAGUCGCUGCCCAGCGAUGAUGCGGACUUGCGGAAGGUCUUGCGAUUCUCUGGGUUUCAGCUAACUCUCGGAGCAUCCGAAUUUGGAGGAAACGAUCUCAGACUCUUUGGGCCGUUGUCCAUCCAAGCAAAGUUGCUCCAUUCGCCUGAGCAAGCGCUGGCGAAGCUGUGGGUGGAGCUUCCACAGGAGGAGGAUGUUGGAUUUCAGAUUACCCCUGAAGCCUUGCAGCAGCUGCGGAGCUGGUGUGAUUGGAUGUUAGCCGAAUUCCUGGAAGGUACGAGUGAAGGUGGUGGAGGUCGAGAUCUAGCUGAGGCGGCAGGGCGACGGUAUGCAUCAGUCUAUGCCUUGAAACUCAAGGGUCAGGCCUAUGAUGAGGUGGUGCUUUCGAAAAUGGAGGCAAGUGCCUCCGUUCGGUGGUUAGCCAAGUGGAGGUUGGAAUCCCAUCUCCAGAUUUCUUCCAAAGAGGAAGCCGCUUCCUCCACCUCGUCGCAAUGGCGUUCUUGGAUCGAUUGGGCAAAGGGCACCAAUCAAAGCGAGACCACUGAAGCAGCUGGUCCAAAGCAAGCUUGGGCAGAGUCAGAGGGUUUCUCCAUGGAGGCCUUGUUGAAUGAGUUGCCGCAAGCCGAGGAGUUACCAGAAUUGGCCACCCCAACACGCUUUGAGCUGCACAUGCAAAUUUCACAGUAUACCGCGUUGUGUGAUGCUUCAGGUGGAGUAUUGGAGGCAUCUUUGGGGGGUGCGGCCUUUUCGUUGGAUGUGACCAUUGGCACCAAUACCCAGCUCUGUGUCACCCUGAAGCUGGCGACGAUGGCCAUUUCUUUGGAUGGCCGACCUCUAGUAGAACUAGUAGACACAACGACCGGAUCCUUCACCUCGCAAGAUGGACAGAACCGGAGGUUGAAGCCCGGAGCCGGAUUACAGUUCCAAGUUUCAGCAGAUCGGAUCUCGUCCUCUCCAAAUGUUGCUGUGACCUUCCUGGGGGAGCCAAUCCAGGUGAACUUAGCUCCUCGCACAUUGCAUGGUGCGCUACGAUCAAGCUCUGAUGCAUGGAAUGCCUGGAAGCGACGGAGUGAAGCAGUGGAGAUGGUGCGAGAGGUGUCAGAUCUCGACGAGGAUGGUGAGCCUUUCGAGGGAUCGACAGUGAGACAUGCCAAGGCAGCAGCCGAAGCUGCUGGACUCGACACGGGCCAACUGAGUUUGACCAUGGAAGUGGAAGCUCCCAUCCUUCGCCUUGAGACGCAACAUGGUGCUGCCUUAGAAAUCCAUUUAGGUCAUUUUUCAGGCAAAUCCAUCAGGGAGUUACCGGUUGGCUCGAUGCUGAGCCUUAGUGAAAGUGCGGCCGAAAGUGAAGCAGUGGAUCUGCAGAGGUUUGCUCUGAUCUGCCAACUCCGGGACACACGAAUCAAGUUGAUAGAACCUGGGGAGACAGAUCGCUUUGCCUAUGAACCUUCAAAAGUUGUUUUGGUUGCUGCUCGGAGACCUCAUGGUGGUGAAAUACAUGCAGAGUCAACACGUUUUCGGUGUCAUAUCGACCCUGGCCUCAUGCGUUUGUUCGGUCAUUUGCAAGUCGGCCUUGACUUUGCGUUGUCCCCUUUAUCAGGAGGUGUGAUGGGCAGACAAAUAGAAAGCUCUCCCAGAGUUGUUCGAACUGCAAGCCUGAAAAGGUCCAUCAGCAGGCAAAACCAGCCCUGGAAGUUUGAUCUCCGAACCGGCAGUUUUGACUUGAUCUGGGAUCCAAAGGGCGGUGGAGGCUAUCAUGAAGGAUCCGUGAAGGGCCAUAUCGCAGGAGUCAACGUGAAGGUGAACGUGGAUGAUCAAGGUAGAAUGACGGUGGUGGGAAACGCGCAAGAUGCAGCCAUGACAUGCGGAGAUCGACGGUUCUUCAGCAGUCGUGGCCACUUGGAUUUGGAGGCGAAACGGUCUCCAGAUGCCCUGCACCUGGCCUUCACAGCGCCACCUUUGGAGCUUCGCUGGGCCUCCGAAUCCGUCCGGAAGGCCAUGGCGGCGAAUGGGGAAAUUCGCCGGAACCUGGCGGAAGGACACUCCGCGGCGCUUCAGAAAUGCGGCCGCAACGAGGUUCGUUUGACCAGCGCGUUGUGGGAGCGUUUCGUGGCAGAAAAGACGGAGGAACUGCGAGAUGCCUUUGACCAGGCAGUCAAGGAGAUUCACCCAGAAAGCCAGAAAACGGCGAGCCGAGUUGUUCAAGUCUCCAUCAAAAGCGAGGAACUGCGUGCAGUUCUUUUGCGACCUGGUGAAGUCGUUGAGGAGGAGGUGCAAGCCACGAUGUGCGGCCUGGAGUGUUGCUUGAGAUCUGGCGAAGGUUUUUCGAUCACGAGCACACUCAGAAGCAUGGAUGUGUGGCUGGGUGGUCGACUGCUACUGGCACCCAGAGAAGCUAACCUUCCUUUGCUCCAAGCAGUCUUAACGGCAGGAUCUGGUGGUCCCAAAGGCAGUGAAAAUGUCUAUGACCUACAAGUGACGUGGGCCCAAAUCGCCUUGGUCUAUCGACAGAGAGACUUCGAACGCAUCAUGGACCUCUGUCAUCAGGAGCUUCGGCUGUCGACUUCGUCCACUGAAACCAAACGGCAAAGCACCGGUGAAGAUGUGGAGCGAAGUCCAACCCCCACGGUCUCUGCAGGGACUCAACGAAGUCAUUCUUUGAGAUACUGCUUCAACAUUGGUGCUCCCUUACUAUUCCUUCCCGCCAGCACUGGCAAGAAAUGUGAUUUGGGGGUCAUGGAUCCCAGCAUUGGUGGCUUGAGCAUGGCUAACAGCAGUUCUUCAUCGCGCAGUUUCCAGCCGCUUCGCGAUGAAGGCUACGCUGUUUUGGAUUUCGGGAACUGCCUGGUGCAAUCGGACCCUUCCAGUGACGGGGCCGCUGGGGUCAGGAUCUCCAUGACUCGGUUGCAAGUCUUCUUCGCCGCCUCCCCGGAAGACGACGUGCAUCAACGGUGGCAUCAGAUAUUGAGGCCAGUGACUGCAGAGGUGGAGGUUCAGAGUACGGCUGAAUCUUUGGACAUUCGUGUUCAUGCUCCAUUGGAGAAGGUUGAAGCUCUGGAUGUGGGUCCAAGUUUACCCUUGAAUCCCUUGAAGCCACCCUCAAGGCCCGCAAGCCCCAAAUCUGGGCUCUACAAGCCUCGUCCUCAUCCCACCAUCAGUUUGACGCGGGCUCAUGCAACGCAAUUCUUUGAUGUCUUGUAUCUAAAUCUCAGCUAUGCUUCUGCAGAUCAGGUCGAUGCCCUCCGUGAAGCCUUGAAGAUGCGACUUCAGCAGCAGCUGGAGGAACUCACACAGCCUGCGCCAGGCCGAGGCUUUUUGUUUAGCCUGAGAUGGACCGGUGCCCUUAUGGUUGAGGCAGGUUUCACAGAAGAUUCUACCCUGGCGCGGUUGGAGAUCACCAACGGAUGCUUUGAAUAUCGAAGACCUUAUAGCUCUGGGGAAGCAGUGCCAAGGCAUAUCAACUUCUAUUGUGAAGGCGGAUGUGUGAAAGAUGCGAGGAAAGAGGAUUUCAUUGGGCUGCUCAUUGACUUGCCAUGUGCUCCGGAUUGCUUGGGACUGGAGGUGUUGGCAACCAUGCCGGCGCUGCCCACAGAUUUCGCUGAGAUCAAGAUCCAGCUGAGACAGCCCAAUGUGUGGCUGCUGCCGCAGCUUUGGACCGACCUACUAACUUGGGCACUGUCAGUGUACCAACAAACGGCGCAAGCUGCAGUUGACACCACCUCCAGUGAAGAUGCUGUUACCGUGCAGAUGAUGCAGGUGAAUCUUCAAGAUGGGGCAGUGCGCUUACCGAUCGCAUGGGACUCUCCUGCGCAACAUUUUGCCUUGGUUGGAGAUCUGCUGCUGAGACUAAAGUCUGAGGGUAGCAAGAUGACCUUUGAGCAGAUUGCCAUGCCCAAUGCCAGUCUCCGACGUGUUUCUGUUUCAGAUACGAGUGAAGCUCAAAACAGACUGCUUUGCGAGAAGCUCAGCUUUUUUGCCAAGGUUGUCAGUGAAAAACAGGUCGUGUCAGGUACAAGGAUAAGUUUGUACUGCGCCGAGAUUGUGAAACUGCAUAGCUUUCAACUCCGCAUCACAUUGCAAGACAUCUUGGAGCUCAGUGAUAUGCUACAAGCAAUGGCAGAGAUGGAAGCAGAAAGUGUGGAACCUCAAGAAGAGAUCCGGGCACGGGACCCGUUGUCUUUAGAGCAACCGCAAAAAAUGAGUGUGGCCUGCUCUAUUGAAUUGGAUGGCGUUCAUCUUCAGAUCUUGGCACCUCGACCAGUGCUGGAAUUUGGACUAGGCUGUCCAUUGACCCGGGUGAACUUCAGUUGGGCCCGCGGCAGCACUCCCAUGGGCUCCGUUGCAGUGGACCGGGUCUGGCUGAGCUUGUCGGCUCUCAACGAGCAUCUGGCGGCCUGGGAACCGAUCCUUGGCACCUCCCAUUGGAACAUGGAGCUGCUUUGCCGCCGUGACUCCGACACCUCGGCUGUGGCCGAGAUCCAUACGGGGCCCACUUCGCCCAUUCAACUUGCGGUGACGCUGCCGGUGAUCCAUGCGUGUUCCAGGCUGUUGCAAGCGUACGAUGAUGCAAUCACCGCCUCACGCGAGCUGAAGGCAAACCGGAAGAGGACAGAUUCAUUUCAACGCGAGGCUGCAGUGAAGAAAUUCGAGGAUUCAGUGGUGGGACUCAACCUCACAGGAAUAGACUGCUUUGUAUGCAAACCGGUGAAACAUCUCAGUUCCUUUCUGAAAUCAGAAGCGGCUUCGAUUUCGGCCCUGGAACUUCUAUCGAGGCCCACCAGUUUGGAUUCGAUUCUUGAUGAUGAAAGGAAGAUCAAUCUGCAGUUGAAAGGUUCUGAAGGAUGUCCGACGAAGUCUUUGAAGGUUAGGGCAGGUGUCGCAGAGCUUUGGGAUACAAGUCACGGGGAGUUGCUGGUGCAAGUCUUGGUAAACCGACCUCCACAGUUGCUGCUGCUGGUUUCAUCACCCAUGAUUCUGGCAAAUCGCACCUUGCUAGACCUUGAGGUGAAGCUCUCGAACGUGUCAAAUUUGCAAAUGGAAGCGAGUGAAUGGCCACCAUUUUGCAUCCCGAUCCAGUUCUUGGAGGGAUCCCAAGGGACACCACUUCCAGAGGCUACGUCAAUGGCCACCUCAAAGGCUUGGAAAGCAGCAGCAGAGUUUGUGAAGAGUCACACCUUGUUUCUACCUUCGGGAUUCUAUUUGGCACUUCCUCCAAAAGCCCUUGGAAGCUUUGAGGCUGCUUUCCAGUUACGACCUGCUCCAUCUUCGGUGGGUGGGAUGCAUUUAUCUUGGGGCGGACUGGUGUCUCCGCUGCGGGUCAUGGAAUCUGAUGGCUAUGCUGCCUAUUCUCGAUCCGUGUGUCCUGAUGUCAGCAUGCCGGCCUAUGGUUUGCGACUUGCAGCUGAGAGAACUGAGAACCAGUGCCAAAUUUCCAUUGAAGCUCCAUUCCGUCUCUGCAAUGCGUGCCCUGUGGACUUCUCUUAUCACCUCUGUUGGUCGAAUGCAGGAUCCUUCGCCCCCCGGGUGCUGGAUCAGCACAACGGCACAGCUGAUGCAAAUGGAAUGCUUCACAUCAACGAUGGCUAUGGAGGGAUUUGGGAUGUUCCUCCCAAUGGUUUUGCUUAUGUUGCGCCCUUGAGACUGCGUCAGAAUAGUUUUCAAUGGUGGCUGGGCAAAACAAAGGAACAUCAAGACUGUCCCCAUAGGACCAACGUGGUGACCGUGAAACGCGACGGCCGCAAAGUCUCGUGGCAAUUCUGUGAGGCUGGACGUGGCAUCUCCAAGCAGCUUUCGGCCAGACUGGCGCCAGGAGAUGAGGUGCCAAUUUAUGAGCUGCCUGAGCAGAUCGGUGCAGCUCCAUCUGGUGGCGUAUUGAAACAACCUUUGCACCGAAAUGAGGACAGCUUGCCGCCGCUGUUGCUCUCAGUGUCCUUAGCAAAACAACAAGGAAGUGCACCGUGGUCCUCCGCCAUCCCAGUAUUGGUGGAGGGACAGAUGUCGCCAGUUCCCGUGAACCUGGGCACUGGUUUAACUCUUCAGUGUGACAGACAAAAUGCCAGAAGUGGUCAAAGGAAGGCCUGCAAGGCGAUUAUUUAUGCCAAUUGCUGGUUCAACAAUGCCACCGGGCUGGAUGUUGUGCUGGUCCGUGGGACUGAACCUGCAGCCAUCUACAACAACCUAUCAGUCAUGGAUGAUGAGGCAUGGGCCAAUGUGGAUUCUGAGGAUGACCCCAGUGGUUUCCAUGUGGUUCUACUGGGCACACAAAGACGCAUCCGCUUGCCAUUCGUGGGCGUCGGACAAUCUGCCAAACUUUCCUUAUCAUCAACCCAUGAUUGCAUAUUGAAAUCUGACUUCAUCAGUUCAUCCAGCUCUCAUGGUGUGAGUUCCACCCUCUUUUCUCUGAUCCCAGCCCUACUGGCUUUCAACACCUUGGAUGAUUUGGAAAUUGGCUUUCGCCAAGAUGGACAGCGUGCAAAAGACAGCUGGAUUGAGCCAAAGACGGGAUGUUCCGCCAUCUACUGGUCCUUCGAAGGUUGCAGGAGACUGCAGUUGGCUGUCCGAGCCAGUGGCAGCGUUGGCGGAGGCAGCCGAAACCGGAGGGAGGGGCAGUGGUCAGCUGCUUUCGAAGUUUCUGAGCAUGGGAUUGGCUGCUUUCCCAUUCGACUGCCAGAUGCGUCCUCCAAAGAUCAUCUUUUUUGCGUUCAAAUCCAGCAAUGUUCAAGUCAACUGAUCACGCUGACAGUGGCAGGACAGGAUGCUUGUCACCAACUAGUCAAUCGACAUCCUUGCUUGGUCGUGGAUGGAUGUUUUGCCAAUGAGUCCAUCGAUGGCUGCCAUUUUGUGGCGGUUCAUGGUUCCAAAAUACCGUUUGGCUCCUCAGGAACACUCCAGUUGAACAGCAAGCGACGCGUUUGUCUUCUCCUGGGGGAUGUUGCCAGCCACAAAUCUACGUCUAUCGAGUUGGCAUUGGAUACCCCAGUCAAUCGAAUUGUGGAAUUUGAAUUUCCGAUCUCUGUUCGCUUGGACAUCGUUCAACGCGUGGCUCACAUCACCAUUUCGCCCGUGGGUCUGUUGGUGGGCGGUCUCAGUAAAGGCAAUUCAUUAUCCUGGAAACUUGAGGCAAAUGUUCGCAUCCCUGCUUUAAACAUCGGCAUCCGCGGUGGUCAAACUGAGUCUGCAGAAAGUUUCUGUUGUCAGCUGAGAGGACUGAAUUUGCAAUGUCUUCAGACGGAGACAAGGGAAACCAUCUGUGAACUUGGGGGCUUGCAAGUGGAUCAUGUUCGUGGUAGAUCCUCGAAGACCAAAGAACAGCGUUCCGUGAUUUUGGCUUCUCUGCCCCAGCCCCAACCCUGGCGUCUAAAGAUCGUGAGGGAGCAGCUGAGUGAAACUGAUGCAAUUCUGCGGUCCAUGAGCUUGGAGUUUUUCCCGGCCAAAGACAACGAAGGAGUGGUGUUGGAAAGCAACGUCUCGGAGGAGCUGAUUAAAGAUAUCAAGGAUUUCCUGCGUGAAGCUACACCAUCGCAGCUGGAGGGCUUGUGUUUGUUCCAGAUCGCCAGAUGGGCUGGCACACCCUAUCAUCAGACCUUGGAAAAACCACCCGCCCCCUCCAGAAAGUAUGUCUUGAAGGGGUUUCAGUGCGGUGAUUUGAAGAUUGGCUUAUGGUGCAAACUCAGCAUUUCGAGUCUUCCAAGCUUUGCAGGGGCGAUGCUGACCCUUAGUAGCUUUUCGGCCACUUUAGAUGUGGAUGGUGCCAGAGUAAAACUGGAAAGACAGAGUUUCUUUAUAGGUUCCAAGCCUUUUGAGGGCACAUUGGAAGCCCUCGCAAACUUGAUCGUGGAGCGCUACAAGCCAUGCAUCAGACAUUCCUGGCGCUCUUUGAUCAACAAUAGCAACGCCGUGCUGGGAGGCCUUUUCAGUCGUCAUGCUUGGAAUCCUCGCAAAGCGACCAACAAGACACUGAUCCCUGCAGUGCUGUGCGUGUGGAAUGGAGUGGUGACUUUGCGCUCAGAAGUGCCCAAGGCAGAUAUGGUGCAGGUGUACAAGAAAGACGUGCCACUCGACGAGGCUGGCUUCCAACAAGUACUGAAGAGCUAUGAUAGUGGCUCCAUGGAGACCUUCCUGAGGCGACUGCUGGGCAACUUUGACGCCAAAGUCAGCGAUAGUGCUCAACUCGCGAACUAUGCUAGAUCUUUGUUAGGCUCCAAGAAAAGCUUCGACGAGGUGGUUGACUUUAUCAUCUCACCACAAUGUAAGUGGACUGUCCCGGCGCUGCCUUCAAGUUGAAGGUUGGCCAAAGUCCGCGGCGUCCUGGGCUGUGGGCUCGGCACGGCCGUGAGUUGUACAUAGGAAAACGUUAAGUUAUGGCAGUUCGAAACUGGCUGCAUUCGCUUGUGCACAAAGAACAGGCCCAAGAGGAAAGUUGCAAA